AUGAAAUCUCUGCAAGUGUUUUUAGCUAGGGGCCACGUAGACAUGAGUUACAAAGCUCUCUUAGUCUUAGCCCUCCUGCCUCUUCAACAGCACUUUACGACAAUGACAGAGAUCGUGAUGCGUAAUUUAAGAUCCUCUGUUUCUCACUGCAUGCUCGUCACCGUACGCAGUCAUAGGUGA